CCGUUGCGCAGUGCAGACCAGGAGGCGCGAGCAGGGCGGUGCGGGACAGAGGUGCUCUCCCGAUAUGAGCCUGUAAACCCCGAGCCCUGCCUGAGUUAAAGCUCUUUACUGUCCACGCAUCCACCAUGCAGACAGGUGCGUUCAUGGAGUCUCCCCUGGGCAAGUUGGUCCCAUGUGUCCUAUGCCUGGUCCUGCUCAUACACCUGUGCCCGGCUGCACCAGGUCUACCAGGGACACAAAGAGAGGAAUCAGUAGGUGCCCAUCCUUCUUCCGUAGCACUACCUAAUCCCUUUGGCUCUGGAGAGGAGGACCGCAGGUUGCUGCAGAGUUACAUUCAAUCCAGUCUGAAGGAUGGCCAAGGAGGACCAGAAAUCAACACCUGGGAGCAAGAGGUAUUCUUCCUGUUUCGUCUGUAUGACUACGAUCGCAGUGGGUUGUUGGAUGGCUUAGAGAUGAUGAAGUUACUUUCAGACUAUAACUCCCAUCAUACACCGGGAGUGCAAGCCAAUGAGUUGGUGGUGCCCACGGUAGAUUUUUUACUCCAGACUCAGGAUCUAAACCAGGAUGGCCUGUUGGCGCCAUCAGAGCUGCUCUCUCCUUCAUUACCUCACACAGAGGUCUCCAGCAACAGCGGCGCACCUCGCCGGGAGCAGGAGGUGGCGGUGGAGGAGAAGCUGUCAAACCCCAGUGCUAAAGAGGGGAAUGCAGGAGCACUGGAACAAAGGGAGGAGGCUCAUGAAGAGAUUAAGCCUCAAGAGGAAGAGAUACUUCAACAUGAAGUAAAGACAGAGGAAGAGGAACGUGUAAAACAAGUAAAUGAACAGAAUGUUCAGCAUCUCCCAGAAGCCCCAGCAGCAGAUCUGAGGGAUUACCAGGCAGCCCCCGUACAUCAGGGGCAACCAGACAUGUGAAUGCACAAACACACAUACACCCACUAGAGGUCGCUCUGGCCUCCUGGUUCCAGCCUGUGGAAGACUGCUUACCGACGGAAAAGUACCGCCAUCACCUGAGAGAAGGUUUUAAUUUUCAUCCCCACAAAUGGAUCUGAAUUCUGAGAUUUUACAAUCCAUUUCAUUGGACUGUCAAACAUGUAAGACAGUUGAUGAAAAGAUGUAUCUGUUAAAAAUAUUCCUAUCACUGUAUUGGAAUACUCUCUUUACAGCCAGUACCUUAUGGUAUUAAUAUAAUACAAAGGUAUCCACAUUUGUAAAAGGGACAAAAGUCCUGAAUUUAAAAUGCAAUAUUAUCCAUAUUAGUAAAAUGGAAGCCAUCUUUGAUAGGGAUUAGUACUUUUGUAUACGUUUUCUUCUUCCAGCAAGUGAAACAGGUGAUCAUUUUAUUUUAAAAGAUUUGACAAUUAUAAAAUUUGCUUAAUUUGGAAUAUUUUUUUUUUGUUACUUUAAUUGUAUUUAUUUAACCCUUCCUGUUAAACCUGAAAAGCUUUGCAUAUUUUUAAUGUAUUAGUUUUAUUCUUUGUAAACAUUGUUGUUUCAUGGUCACACUGAUCGGCCUUAUUAUGUCUGACCCACUCUAGGUUUAGGAUUUGCAUGUCGUAGUUAUGCACUAGAAGUGAAUCUGGAUGGUAAUUUAUUCAACCUGGUCUCAUUAACAGGCAGCUCAGUUUUGCCAUGAAAUUAAAUUUGGUCUUCCUAGAUAAUUUCCUUUAAAAUUAGGUUAUUCGGAGAAAAAAAACACAUCUUAUUCUGCAGUAUUGGCCAAGUCUUCAUUUCUUUGGAUGCACAUGUGUACAGUCCAGAAAGUAUUACAUUUUGAUGAGGAUUUCAGUAUGCCUGAAUGAGCUGGGAAUUACAAAAUUACAAAACAGUACUGUACUCCUAAUGAGUAGUUACAGUAAUGAGUUACUGCCUUCUACCACCAGUCUUUAGACUCCAGGCUCAUACAUUUUCAUCUUUACAAUUACGGACAGGAAGGCCCUGUUGAAAUAGCAUUAAAUGUGGUGUCAUAUUAAAUUCAGUCUUUCUCUGCAAACUUGAAAUGUGUUUAAUGUAUGAAAGGGUUUACUGUUUAACGUACUUUUUUGUUUGUUUGUUUACCUUUUUAAUCAUUUAUGC